GGCCGAGCCGGGAGGACCAGGGGGGCAAAGGCAGCCCCGCCGCGGGGCCGGGUUGCGGGGCGGGCGUGGAGAAAUGCCGGGGAGCCGCGGCGGGAGGAGGGUGCCCCAGCUGGGGAUGUCAGCGGAGCUGAGGGAAACCGGGAAGCCAGCCACAGCCUGUUCGCCCGGCUACCUGCAGCCGCGCCGCGGGGGCAGCCGCCAGCCGCCGCGGUGCGGUGCUCGGUGCGGUGCCGCGCCGGUGCAGUGCCGGGGUGGCCGGCGGGACUCGCCGGGCCGGCGGGGUAGCAGCAGCCGGGCGGCCGCUGGCAGCGGGGUUUUACCGACGGCCCCCCGGCGCCCAGCCCUGGUCCCGGUGCUGGGCUCGGGGCGGUGGCUUGGCGCCUCGGGCAGCAGUUCUGCACCGAUGCGAUGCGGUGGGGGGAAAGGAGGCCUGGUCUGUGGAAGUUCGGCUAAAUACGCCCCUUGGGGUUUGGCCUAGGUGAGCCUGCUGCUUCCCUGGGACUUCUGAAACGGUCAGGAAAAUUGCAGCUCUGCGAGGCGCUGGUGUAACUGGCAGGAGGGACAGACACAGUGAGGGUGGUAAGAGGUUUGCAGCCUGCAGCUCCGUGACUUUCAAGUGUUUUGGGUCAAUGGAGGAGGCCAUCCCUCUCCUUUUCCCUUGGGGCCUAGGCAUUCCUGUUGCCUAAUCUGUAAUAGAAAACUCUAUAGAAAAUACAGCUUGAUAAUGUUUCUUCAGCUGGGAAGCGCUUACUGUGGCCUUGCACAUCACAGGGAGGGAAUGAUGGAUGUAGCUGGGUGUUGACUCAAAAAAUCCUGAGCCACAAGGCAUUGGCCAGACGGAACUGCAGGGCUUUGUGGCGGUAAGUGACAACGCAUGUACAGUCCUGCACAUUCGGGACAACAAAAUCUCCUAGAUUAGGAGUGCCUGAGAUUUUUUUCUACGCGCAAUGUAGCCUUUGCUCCCAGCUGUUUUGACAGGUCUGCCAUUUACGUUGUGUAAUCCACGUGCAGAUUACAGAAGUGAUUUUACUUUCUUCAUAAUACAGAGUUAAAUGUACAUGCUCGCAGGAAUGCAGAGAGCAGCCUUAAAGCAGGCAGCGAAAACCAAAAACAGAAGUUAAAGCAACCCCAGAACAUUGCUGUGUGCAGUUAGUCUGCUUAAAGCUUUUGUUAACAGGUCCCAUGGCUCAUCAACAGCCUCAUGGUCCUGUAGUCAAAAUCUGGUAGCCUCAAAAAAGCCUAUCUGAAGCUGCAGCAUACUUAGACUACAACUAAACAGCACUUUUUGAAGUACUUAUAAAAGAAAACAGACUUUGCAGCUCAGGUUGAAAAAAAUGUCCUCCGUGGAUGAAAAUUAGGGUUUUUCUCCUGUACAAUUGCUUUCUAAACACCUGUGACACAGCUCACUGUGAAGAGCUGUGACUGAAUCCAGGAUACAGCUGCUGUUCCAACAGUAGAGCUCCCCAAUGUAAUUACAACCCUGCAGAAGAUCAAUAGAUGGUUAAUGCUGGAAGGGAUUUUUUGAUUUAUUUGGUCUAUGACCAGGAGCUACAGAAGGCUUUCCAAUAGAUUAAGUUUGCCAUAAAAACAUCCAAGCCAUUUCUAGACGUGGGAGCACUUGAUCUCUCUGCUAAGCCCGUUAUAUCUUACUUCACUCACCCUGUUCUCAGUUUUUCUUCUGUUCUGACACAAACAUUUGCACAUUGAGUCAAUAUCUUAAGUUCCUGUAACAAUGAUAUCUUAACACUGCAAUCCUACAGUAUUGGUCUUUUCCUCAUCCUUUGUCCAUCUCCAUGUAAGUAGUCUUUUUGUGCUUGGACCUGCAGUUGCAAUUAAAUGCCCAGUAUUAAAUGGGCAUUUCACAGGCUUCUCUAUUAGUCUUGCCAUUUAUACAUUUCACUUAAAUCAAAAAGCAUGGUCUUAGAUCUUAACGGUAACUAAAAAUUUCCUCUAUUGGGUAAUGAUGUGAGAUAAAACUCUGAGCUGGUAAGAGAGAAUGUGUCUGAAGUCUAAGUUUUUGUUCUUGAAAGCAGGACAGUGCAGCUGUGGAGCAGGAAGGAGAGAGGCUGUUCACUUACCUGCUGCGGCCUUUGUCCUCUUCUGCCAAGGACCACUCAGAUUUGCUGCUGACUUUGCUGAAUGUCAGAGCAAGCCCUCAGAUCAGCUGCCAGUAUUCUGAUUUGGGUUUUUUUCUGUUGAGAUAUCGAUUGCUCGAGCUGGAUGAUCUGGAACAGCCGUGGUGUAGGAUUUUACCAUUCCAUCAACUCCUGCAAAAAAGAACCAAGAUCUUUCAGAGGAGGGAAUGUAAAGGAUGUGUUUUUCCAAAUGUUUCAGCAGUUACUGCUGUACAUUGAUUUUCUGGACAUAUUUGACUUGGCUUUCUUUCCUGAGGUAGCAGAACCUGCUGCUCUGUACUGCCCCGGUUAAGCUGCAGACUAGUGGUUUUUCUUGUCUUAGUUAUUACUGUGACAACCUACACCUACAUUGAAGAGUCAGUAGGGACUUUUCUGCAUUUCUGCCAAUUUACACUUAAAUUGGGAAAUGGUCUUAAUAUUUAAAUCUUUAAAACUUGGUCAGAAAUUGUUUUUCUUUUUCAGGAAAGUGAAGCUGGUGAGUACAAACAUCAUUUAUUUGCUUCCAUAGCCGAGUAAUCACUGAAGAAAGCUGAAAGCACACACUUGACAUUUUGAAAUAUGUAUUUGUCUUGUCUGUACUGGCAGAGUCAAACAGCAGUUGUCCAUACCCAGUUUUAUCUUCUCUUCCAUAUGUAAAACCUUUAAUUGGGCAUGACAUAGUAUAAUCAGUUAAGCUAUUUAAAUAAAAGGGGGGAAACCUCAUGGGUUGAUGUUCCUGAAACCCAUGGUCAUCAGCUCACUGACAGAGAUGUUACAGAAUGCCUCAUCUGCCUUUUACUGCCAAGGCAAAACACAACAGGAGCUCAUUUCAAAAGUGCUAUUUGUGGUCACAACGGCUUCAAAGGUGUUACAAGUUAGGAAAAUAAAGAUACUGCUUUGCUUGCAGGCUACAGCUUCACAGAUUGUCAGGUCAAAAAGUGGCUGCAUCCUUUCCUCUUAAGCAUGCCACUGGAGAGACAUCUUCUGCUUGAGGAAUUAACUCCAUUUAGUUCUCCAGCUUUUUUAUUCCUUUCCCCUGAUAUGAAUGUCAAAUAUAUUUAUUUUAUUUGUCAAGACUUAUUUGAUGGCCUUAAAAACAUCAGGCACAAAGCCCAUUAGAACUUAGACUGGGUGCCUUUAUGUUGUCCCCAUCUAUGGACUGAGGUGUACUCAUGGGGCUGAGAGGUGGUGGGGGAGGUGAGGCAGGUGACCCUCUCAGGUUUAUCAGGCCUGCUGUAGGUACAGCUUCCUCACCAGCAGUUCCCCGUGGUCUGAUGAAGCUCCCUCCCUUGCAGGAGCCUGUUUGCUCCCCACUGCCUCUCUGACGAUAUCUUCCUCUAGAGGCCUGUUGUCAUCCCCAGGACUUCUGUGCUCAAGAGAAACAAACCCAAGAGCAGGGGAUGGAGAGGAGAGAGGGCACAGGGCCUGUGAUAGAGGUUAGUGUUGUUCCCUGCCACCUUUUAAGCAGAAGCUGCAGAGGGACCAUUGGGUACCAGUCACCAGAGAGGGGCUAUUUCGCUUGUAAACCUCCCCACCAAGAGCUACGCAGGACACUGACCCAAUGGCCUCUGCUCGGAGGAGAGCAGAAAACAUGAGACAUGGGUCCUGGGGAAGCUCCGCUUUUCCUUCCCCUCAAAACCACUUCCAAACCUUUUGCAAAAGACUUGCUCAGCUAACGCCCUGAAUGAUAGCUGCUGCUUAGCCUGCUGGCAGGCGGUCAGCAUCCCAAGCAAGUAUGAUUGACUAGUUACUUUUUAUGCAGUGCACAAUAUUCCCCCUCUUGUGUGAGGGUCAAACAGGACAAGCCCAUUUUUACCUCUCCUGCCUGUUUGUUCAGCAGACAGAAACCAAGGAGUGCACCUCAUUUCUUGAUCCAAAUGGUCUCCCUCAUAGAGACAAAGGAAUAAGUCCAGCAAUAGUGGCAUCAGAGGAACUGGAAAGCUUUUUUUUUUCAUGAUCAUGCAGUUCCAGGCAGUAUUUGCAUUGCAGAUCCUGUUGUAAGAAAAUCGAUGCUGAGGCAUCACAUCUUUAUUCUGCUUUUGUUCUUUUCGCUGUCCCACUUUAUCUUCUGAUCACGUGUCUGGUUUUGGUGCCCUGAAGUUGUCUGUCUUCUCUGCAUUUUACACGAGAAGCUGUCGAGGGUUUAAAAAAAAUAGAUAGGAAACAUCAAAUGCGUGUGUCUGAGCUCUGAAGGGCAGCCUGGGAUUCAGGUGAAUGGGCUUCUACAGGCAAAGUCUUCCAUCCUCUCUGACUGCUAGUGCUCCCUCGCCACCACAGCUGAGACAGAAAUGAGUUUCUCCUUCUGACUGACUUUCCCAAUUCCCUCCAGGAAGGGAAUUCUCUCAAUGGAGUGCUGGGCUUAAGUGACUGGGGAGCUCGUGGAGCUCUGAUAUUGGAGGGUUAUAAGGACAAUUUAGGCACAUAGCUGUUAGGUAUGUAGAUGUUGUCUCACAGGAGAAGGAGAAACCAGGUGACUCGGUGGUAGGUCCCCUCCAGACCUGGUUUCUAAUGGUAGAUAGACAGUCACCUGAUACCCGUGGAAAAGCAAUGAGUUUGUACACUUUUUUGAAACCUCAAAUACCCUCCUUGUUCUCCCUUUCUCAUUUCGGAGACCCCAGAAGAUUAUCUCCCUCCAGAAGGGAAAUGUGGAUACCAAGGAUGCUUUUCAAUCAUUGCAAGCCAUUGCAAGAGUGAGGUAGGAGGUAUCUUCUCCUCCGGAACAGAGCAGGAGGCUUCCUCUCAUCUGUUUCUACAUCUUGAAAGAAAAUAGCUCAGAUCAUUGUCAGUGACCAGGAACAUUGUGGAAAUGGAGAUUCAAAAGAGUGAAAUGUCCCCAGGAAGUCUCUAGUGAGUGGGACUUGUUUCUAGCUGUGUCCUAAAACACAGUAGUGAGUUAACACCAAAAGCAGUGGCAGCCGAGCUAUCGUCAGCACUAUAAGGCCUUUUCAGUUGUUAGUGACACUGUAGAUAAGUCUGUGUUUGAUUUUUCACUUACAGCAGGAGUUCUGCUUUUUGGAAAAGCAUGGUUAAGUAGUUAAUUAGUUUUUAAAUUCUAAUCAUGGAAAAUACAGUUCACUCAAGAGUUCACUUUCAGACUCUAAUCACUCAUCAAGCUCCUCUGAGCUUAAAAACUGUAAAGUUAAAAAUAGCACACAGUGAAUCUUUGAGGUCACAGUUGCUACAGUGGCUUUGUUAACUACCCAAAACUCUUAAUGGGCUAACUUCAUGUAAGCAGCAUUGGACAGAACAGCUGAGGAGGUGUUACAGCAGGGAUGCUGCCGCUGCCCACAGGGUCUCUGCCAACACGAGCCCACGGGGCAGGUCAGGGGCAGAGGCCGCCCAUACCGGCUCCUCCCUAAGCACCGACUGCACUGCCCACAGCACAUCUUAUCCACAGCCGCAAAAGCUGGGAGGAGAAGUGCCUGGAAGGAGCAGGACAGAUGGCGAGUGGGAAGGCUGGGGGAGUCUGGCUGCGUGUGGUGCCGGCAGCUCGGCAGCACCAGGAGGCUGGCAGCCAUCCCAGAGCUGGGUGAGGGUUGUGAAGUGGUGUCUGGUGUACCUGGCAGCCACUCUCACAGUGCCAUGUGUGCCACCAGGAGAGGAUGGAGGGGCUUACCCCCCCAAAGAUGCCUGAGCUUUUGACUUCUGUGACUUUGCAUCAGGUGAAUAAUGUACAGGAAAUCCCAACUCACACAUAGCACCUUUUCUGUACGGCUGAGGUAUUGUACAUCCCAGUUCAGCAUCCAGCCAGUCAAGGCUUUGUUAAGGAAAGACUGGUAAUACAGGGAAGAAAGCAUCUGGAAACAACUGGCUGGUGAGAGUGGUAACUAGUGGGAGCUGACAGCAAAGGAUGGCAGGUCACAAAGGUUCACGCUCCUGACAAGAAAGCUAACGACCAGUAAUUGGGGUGUCCUGCAAAUGUGGGGUCUGCAUAAUCUGGCUAUAAUCAGGGAAGAAGAUGGCUCAGUCAGAGACUUCUGCAGGUCACAGCAUAUUUGGAUGUGGGAGAGAAGUGAUUUGUGGCCACCCAUUAGUGGCUGGAGUCCUUUGUACCCAUGCUAUAGAUUGCCAUUAGGAGCUGGGCUGGGAAUUGUGGAGUACAACAUUUGGUUAGCUGGUAACAAAAGUGAUUCAGCAUGAGGCAUCAGCAUCUUACUUUGAGGAGGUCUCACAAACCAGAACAGUGUGUCCUGGAGUACAAGAGCUGGAAGAGCCUGAGUGGCCACAGGCACAAGUCGUGCCAUCUCCCCCACCCUGCGAUGGGCAGGGGGAGCACGAGGCACCAUGGAGGCUGGGUGUUAGAAUCUGCCAGUAGGGUUUUGACAGCUUGGGGGUCCCUCUGAGGACCAAAAAGUUGGAGAAAAACACCCUCGGUCACCGUUUGGAGGUGAGGUGGCCAGCCAGAAGUGCCAGUACAUGGUGGAGGAAGGGAGUAGUGAGGACUUGUGCUGAAAGGGUGGCGAUGGGAGUCUGUCCGCAGGCCUAAGGUUUGCCGUGGUCGUCUGCAGGGGACUGUCUGUCAGCAGGCCAGGGCAGGAGCUAAAUCCCCUGAUUCCCACCAGCUGGUACUCAGAGUGGCAGGAUGUGACAGCUCACGUGCAGAUGAGAUGCCUUCCUGGAGAGUGCUGCUGCAAUGCUCAUGUGACAGCAUUUUAUAAGUGAUAUUUUUUCAGUGUCUUUGGGAGAUAUAAAAAGGUGUGCUGAAACCAUGCCAUGGGUCAAAGUCAAGUCAAGAAAUAAAAUCCAUGUGUCCUGGCUCCCAGUAUCCCUUUUAACCAUUAGGUUUUAAAGUGAAUUUUGAGUGAAGUUUUCACCUGCUGUGCUGUCACGUUGUUGCGGAAUGUCUUGCAGAGAUAGAAGAGAGAAGCAAGAGGGAGACAGAAGUGAUAUUUAUGAUGAAGCCUCUUUUCUCACAGGGAAGCAUUAGCUGCAGGGAUACUACCUCAUCUUAACAGAAGCAUCAUUAUAAAAAAACCUGACAGCACUGAGGUCCCAGCUGUGUUCAAAAAGGUGCAGAGGUGGGUAAACACAGUCCCUGAAUCUGACAGAGCAGCUGAAGCCUGAGCAGUGGCUGGGUGUUAUCAUGAGGGAUGCUCAGCUCAGCAGCGGCAGGGAGCUGGCACAGCCACAGCCAGAUCCACGGCAGCCCAGCUCUGUGGGGCUGGCAAGUCCUUGGCUGAAGAGUGGCUAGGAGUUCACACAUGGGAAAUGGGAAGGCUGGAGGCUGAGAGGUCAAAUCACAGAGCCACCUUGUUCUGGUUUUACUAGAUGACAGGACAGCUUUGCUAAAAAGUGAGAAUAAAAAUAAAACUUAAUGGUUCUGGGCAAAGCUUUAUUCACAGUUCACUUUAAAAGACUUCCCCUGACUUCACUGGAGCUUGGAUGAGUCCUGGAUUAUAUUUCUUCUGAGAACCUGAGAGAUGUUUCUGUCCCCCAUAUAAAUCUCAAGGUGUUCCUUCAGAGUAAGCAAAGAUUAAAUGCUAUUAAUAAGAAUGAACUGUUUUUCUCAUUUGCAAAGUCUCUAAACGGAGGCAUUCAGUGACUAUGCUGCAAAUAGCUGAUGAGGAACUGACUGCUGGGCUUCCUCCUCACAAGGCUGUCUGUUUCUGCCUCCCUUCUUUCGCCCCAGGGAAACCGGUGUGUGGCUGUUGUCCAGCCUGGCUCAGUCCCUCACUUCCCCGUGUUGAGACAGCGGGAAGAUCGGGCAGGGCACACAGGACCUGUGGCUAUGAUGAGAACAGUAAAGCUCAGGACAUGCGCUUUUCAAGAAUGGGGAGAGCACCUGCAACCCUAGGGACCCAGGACUAGGAAGGGACAAGCUUUAGUAGACCACCGAACUAUGGCUCUAACAUCCACUGCUGUAGGCUGUUUUUUUUGCUCAGCAAAAAAGAAAAAUACACCUGCCGGAGUAUCACCGGCCUCCUCUCACUGCUCACUCCUCUCCUACCCCUGGAGAGCUGCAUCUUGUGAGUGAAGGUGGGUGUGAAACAGGUAUUAUAGGAUUCCUGUUGAACCCAGCUGGGACUUAGUCAAGCACACAGGGGCCAGCAGCUAGCUACUCUUCCCUCUCCCCUCCUUGCUCUCCCCAUCCCUCCCAGACUGAAGCAAUGGGAGCUGGUCCCAGCAGCCCCACUGCUUUCCCUUGGUGUCUGUUUUCCCUUCAUGUCAGCGAAGCCAUGGCUAACACCAGUGCUGUCAGCAGGCUGCACCAAGUCCGUUCCCUGGGGCUGUGGCACCUCUGUGUCACCAGCAGCUUGCCCAAGGGCGCAGGCAGCGGAGUCUGGCACUCAGGCUGGAGCACACUCCUGCCCAGGCGUGGAUCACUCUGCUCUGCAGCCACAGGAUGGACAGAAGGACAGACGCGCAUUGCCAUCAAUUCUUCCAGGAGCUCCCUGCAGCGCAGGAGCAGGGGCAAGAGCACCUGCCCAGAACCCUGCAUGCAGCAGGGCUGGCCGCUGGCUGUGGUGGGGAUAAGCAGCUGGCUGGGCAUGAGGCAAGCUGCAAAAUACCGAGUGGCACAGCUACAUCUCAUGCCAAUCACUCCAUCUCACUAAUCUGGCAGUGGCAAGGAACUGCAUCCCAGGAGCUUUCCUGAGCAUGUGUGUUGCUUUUAUCAGUUGACUGCUAAGUGUUGAGGUAAACCACAUUGUUAUACCUAUAAGAAUUACCCUGUGUCUACUAGGUAUUCAAGGCACUGAUAUUCAAGGCAAGGGAGUGAGGUAUAUGAGCUAGAUCUGAUGUGUAUGCUUAAAGUGUAGGACAAAAAAAAACGUUCUUUGAACUACUUGUUUGCUUUGAGGCAGCUUGAACCCAGCUUUUCUUUCCCACUGAACUCAUUCUGAUCAUUAACGUUACUGGGAAAAAGCCUCUGCCCCCAGAAUGUGCUCUUUGUUUUGCUGCUGAGUCAAAAGCCAGUGGCAGCACCAUCAGCAAUUUGGGGGGAAAAGGGAUAAUUUUGUUAGUAUAGCAUUUUUGCUAGCUUGUAGGAGGCUGCCACUAAAAUAGCCCUGAUUUCUAUUUUGCAAAUGGUGACCACUUUGUUGCUAGGAUUCCUUGGCGCUGAAGGUGCAACUGCACAGCUUUCCUUGGAGCAAUAUGUGGGAGCAUCACCAGCAGAUGUGGCUGGGGCCAAAUUCUUCACACCACUUGCACACGUACCCUUGUAUUUUAGAUAGUGGCUUUCCCAUCCUGCUGUGAUAUGUGGCAUAUAUAUUGGUCAGUAUCCAAAUGUCUUUCUUUUCUGGGUUUUCCUUUAUGUCUGCUUGAAGAACUCAGAAGUAUCCUGCAAGAGCUACUGCUGAAUCUGACAUUUUAAAGGACUGGAGGCUCUUUCUGUCUUGACCUCUGCUUUCCUCUUCUUUAGAUGUUAGCUUGAAUUCAUGAAGGUCAAUGGUGUGAAAUAACAGUCUGUCUUUGUAUAGUACUUCAGGGGGGUCCAAGUAUCUGAAAUUUAGGUGAAUCAGCAAGAUUUGUGCUUUUUCAUGGUUUGUCUUGUCCUGCGAUAGGGUCUGUGGGGGACAGAAUUUAUUGCUGCCAUUUUGUGCACCUUCCCACCCUGAGACAUUUCCCCUGACAGCUCUGUCAAUGGAAGGAGGAGAUUAAAUCUCUGCAUGGACUUAACAAGAAACCAAGUGAUCCCUGUUUACCACAGGAGGGCAACUGCCGAAGCGAAUGCCUGAGUCAGUGAUGCUACAAACAUGUGGAGUGCAUGCAGGUUAUUUUUUUCAAACCAGGUAGCAUCCUUUCUGCUUGGCUUUGAUGUCACAGCGCCCACCUGCAGAAAGUUUUCAUUCUCAUAGGAGUUUUGUGGCAGAAGAGCAAAUGGUGUAUCCAAAACAUACAUACAGCAACCAAUGUCCUAUACGUUCAAGGACUGGAGGAAAAUUUUCUUUGAUGCAAAAUGACUUUUUCUGUUACCUUCUACCUCUUAUAUUUCCCUUUCCCUCCAUGCUGGCAGCCAUGCUGAGAGCACUUGCUACUGGCUUAGCAUGAGUGAAGGGUAAUGGGCGUCUUGCUGUUCAAGACGGAUGGCAGGAAGGAUUUUGUUUCCAGUUCCCCAGGAGGGGAUUUAUGAGGUGAGUGUUGUAUUAAUAAUAUCUCCCCUUUCCCUCACCGGGCCUUAUUAUCGAUGCCCCAAGUGGUGCCCAGACUGAGUCAUAUGGUGGAGGAGCACUUCUGCCUGUCACACACCAACGUGUGGUUUAGCACAGCCCUGCAGGCUCCUUCCUCCCUGUACUAAUGAGUAUCUGACCAAGGAGUUCACUUGACCCUGGAAGGCCACAAAAGGUUGUACUCUGACUCUUCUCCUGCAAUUGUCUUCUCCUUGGUCACCCCAGACUUCUUGGGCCAGUCUUUUACCAGGAUCACCUCAGUAGCUGGAAGGUUAUAUCUGCACCCAUGUCUCUUACAGCUGCUUGGGGAAGGCAGGCAGAGAUCUCCUUGCUCUUCUUGCAUCAUGUCUGUCCACUGCACAAAUGGUGAAGUGUUUCUUAGCACCAGAGGUUGGUCCUGGUGUCAGAGCUCACCUCAGUUAUGGUUAACAGCACAGCCCAUGGCUUGCCUAGCAAGGACUUGGUGGUCCUCUCUGUGUUAUGUCCUGCCAUGUGCAUCAGGAGGUGCAAUGUUUUCCACUGCCCUCUCUCUUUCAAGAUGGAAGAGGUCUCGAAGGCAGAGACAAAAAUCUGCUUUCAUCCAGGCAGGUCACCACCUGCCAAAGUGUGUGACUUGUGGUUAUUGAUUAUUCUUUCCCUUUCAUGUGUCUCAUUGGAAUAUAUUAAUCACUUGUAUAAAUCUGGAGAGACAAGUGAAAUUAUGACUGGUAUUAAUUUAUCCCUGUUUUUUUCUUCUUGCUUCUCUACUUUUAUUUCUUUUCUUUCAGUUCUAUGUCAGUCUUUCACCCAUUCUUUUUUUCCCCAUGGGCAAGAAGAUUAUUCUUGCUCAGUAAAAGAGGGGUAAAAAAAACAAGCAGAAAAAUAUAAGAUUGACUCUUUGCUCACAUGAGUAAUCCUGAGCUGUGGGGUCGUUUUGUUGUUGAAGACAUUGAUAAAGUCACCCUGUAGCCCCGAAGCCAGGUCUUGGCAGAGAGCAGAAUGCUGUGAUGCCACAGAUCUCGCUGAGACACAGCUGCAGCGUCAGGCCUGCAACAUGCUGUCACCUCCAUGGGAGUCUCUGCCCCAGUUUAGCACAACCUUAUCCCACCCUCAGGCUGUGGGGAGGAGAUGGGGGCAUGGAUCUGUUUUCUGGAGAACUUUCCUGUGACUAGAAAGCAGCCGCUCAGGAGCACUGCUUUCCAGGUCAUAGAUAGGCUGGGAGUUCUGCUGGCUUGUGGGAUGCGUUGGUGCUGUCAGAUUCAGUGUUUCCCCAUUUGAUCCCCUCCCAGGUCCUUUCUCUGGGCCCAGUUCCCUGCUGCCCCUGCCCGGUCUGGCCGGUCUCUGUCCUCGCCUGCCAACGCACUUCCCCUGCCUUGGUGGCACCGGCAUUCGGAGCAUGUCCAGGCUAUCCUUUGCUGUCCUCCACCUCUCCCCACCCCCUGUGGUUCCCCUUCAUUUCUCUGUUUCCAUUCAGGUCACAUCUUCACUGGCCUCUGUUUUCUCUCAUUCUUUCCUUUCAGACAUGAUAGCAUUUUGCUUCAGCAAAAUUGCAGCUCUUGAUGUCAGCAGCAAGGGCAAACACAUUCACACGUGGGGUUUAAAAGGACAGGAAACAUUUUUGGCAUGAUUUCCCUGAAGGAGAAAUUUAAUGCUUUUGAAAAUGGGGAACCCAGAUAUCUGACUGCGAACCAGACACAGACCGUCAAAUUUGGGCCUCAAACUGUUCACAAAACAAACAGUACAAUAAAUUCAAGCUGUGGCAGCAUAUUUCCCGCUUAUACAGCUCAUGCUGGAGUUGUUCAAAGAGACUGAAGCAUUAAGUCUGACAGAAGAUAAAAAAGUCCUUUUGUCAAUAGGGAGCUACAGAGAAAUAGUAAACAUAAGGCAAAGUUACAUAUCAAAUUUUUAAAGACUGUAACUCUAAAAUAGAUUGAUUCACUUCCUUUGGACUUUGCAUACUAUUUCUCCCCCUGUAUUGGGGUCAGUUUGGUGACUUCCAGUUCAAAUUUUUUUUGCCCGUCAAAAUCAGAAAUGGACAAAACAAGAGGUUUCUUGUCGCUGUAGCUAUUUGCAUGCUGUAAACAGUACUGAGGCAGCUAGAAAAAGAACAGAUGCUUCAAGCCCACACUGCCAUACAGUUACUUUUGGAGCGAAAUAGAGCAACUAAUGAAGAGAGUACAGCAACAGCAAGCUAGGUAAUAAUGUGUUCCACUGAAGCUUUGGGAGGGUUUCUCUUAGUAUUGUGUCUAGGGCUGCAUGUGGGAUUACUCCUGGCAGUGAGUACUGGAAGUGUGAGGAGCACUUCAGUGUUCAUGUAACACCCACAGUCUUGUUUUUAUGAUUGACACUUAGCUUCAUGAAGAUAGUUGUCUUGUAUAACUUAAUAGGGUAUUUAGCCAUUAGAUCAUCAGAAUUGUGCAGGAAUAAUUACCAGAUUUGACACUAUGCACUGGAAAUAAGGAUGAAUUCACUGCUGGUAACAGAUACAGUUGGCAUGAAUAUUAGCAGGCUGAUCUGACGAGCACAGUCCUACAGAGGGAUCUGCUUCAUUCAUUCGAUAAUUUAAUUAUUCAAUCCAAAGCCAAAUCUGAAGUUACACAUUUCAGGGUGGAGCGUGCAGCCAGCCCUUCAGCUGUCCUCAGAAACUGACUCAAAAAAUACCUGGUAGCAAAGUAGGUGAGUGGUUGAGCAUGAACCCCCAGGGUGGUGCUGGCCAAAAAUCUACUAAUGCAACUCUUUGAGACAGUAAAAAGGGGGAAUGAGUGGGAAUGGGAGCUGAUUUUAUGUUUUGGUAUGAUGCCAGUGAAAUAAAGUGUUGAAGUCCUGUAUCCACUUAUAGGGUACACAUUUAAGAAUGAUCUCAAGGUGCUGGAGAGAGAGCAGAGCACCAAAAAGAGCUGGAAAAAAGGCUGCACAGUGAAGGACUUAAAGACCUUGACCCAUUUAAAUUGUCAAAAAACAGGUGAGAGGUGUCAUGAUUAGAAUUGAGAAGUAUCUUCAUUAAUAUGAAAGGAGUCUUUCAUUAUCCAGAGAACAGGUAUCUCCACUGCCCUGAAUGGGGGCUCAAGUGGGACGAACUUACAAUGGCAGAAAAAUUUCAUCACCAGAACAAAUUACAAAGUGGAUUGCAGGCUCGUCAUUUCUUUUAGUCUAUCAGUUAAAGCAGAGUGUCUUCAUGGAAGAUGAACUUUUACCAGCCACUAGUUACUGGCAGUACAUAGGACUGUAGAGUGAAACUGCAUUGCCUGGGAGAUGCAGGAACUAUGUGGAGGAGGCGUAGUGUCUCCCAGCCUUAAGCUGUAAAUGUAGUUUGGGUUGUAACAGAAGCUGAACCUUUUUGAUCCAGAAUAGCCUUUCAGAGUUGACAGGGGAAAUUUCUAUGAAUACCUGUAAGCGCUAAAUAGCUGUCUGGCUCUUUAUUAUAUCAUAAGGGUCCCUGCCAUCACAGAGGGACAGCCAUGUGGCCAGUGAGUGAGUCCCACUCUCAGACAUACUCAUAUCCAGAGGUCAGCAAGAGCAGUGAGACACCACCAGUACAGCAGAGCCACCAGAGUUCCAGGUUAGGCACUCAAAAACCUGGGCUGGUGGAAUCACUCUGGGCUUCUCUGAGUGUGGCCCUUCCUCCCCCUGCUAGCAGGGGCGCUCACUUGGAAGAAUGGGGACACCCUGACCACCUCAGCCUGCACCCCAGGACAUGCAUUAUUUCUUAUGUAACCAUCAAGAGGAAGUGACCUAGAGACACAAGCACAAUUUGGCCACCCAAAAAUACGUUGUUCUGGUUCUUCAGCAUCAGUCUUACAUUUAAAACACGCCUUUUAAGGAGAAAUCAGGGUUUGAAUGGAGGUAAUUUUUUGCAUUCUUGGCCACCCCCAAUGCAGUUGCUUGCAGGCUCACUUAGAAUGGUUAUCAGCCACAACUUACCUGCCUGUGUCCUAAUGCUUGUUUGCCAGGAGCCAAGGGAUGGGUCAGAGAGCUGAAAGCCUGGCCAUCAGUCCCUUGCUCUUGCCACCAGAGCACGCUCAGCUCCAGCUGCUGAGCGGGGACGCGCCAGGCGGUGCACUCCCCCUCUGCUCUCUCUCCACCCCUUUACACUAGGCGAGAUUAGCAGCCCAAAUCUCCAUGCUGCUACAAUACAGAGCACGUUUUAAUUAUUUUAAUUAUGGUUGCUGCAGCCAGAACCCAAUCUGGCUGCUGUUGAGCCAGGACAAGAGCUGAGUGGGUGUGCUCCAUGCCAGCCCUCACAUACCUGCCUUUGAUCUUGGGCAUCUGCCAUCGGAGGGUGUCUUUGAAGGCAAUUGCCCUUUCAGAUGCUGCCUGGGAGUUUUAUCAUUUGCAAACUAAGUUUUGCACAGAACUUUCUUGAAGGAGAAAUAAUCAAAAUGUUGCCAGCCUGGAAACUCCUGUCUGCUACAGGUGUCAACUGAAAUUCCAGUUCUAUGUCAGUAGUUAGGGCUUUCCAGACUGUUUUCCACCAACCGCGGCAACAAAUUAAAUAGCAUCUGUCAUUUAGUGUCUCAGAAGGCUCCACGCCACCAGACAGAAAACAGACCAUGGGAGGAUGUGGAGCUGCCUCUGUGUUUUGCAUGGCACACAGAUUCUUUGCUCUGCCUGAGCUUUCUGGAAAUGAUGAGCUAAAAAAAUCCCAACCCAAACACGGAGCAGCACUGCGGGGCUGACCACUUGGGCCAGGGCAGCUCAGUGCAGGACUGUCCCCAACCCUUGGCACUCUCCGUAAGGCCCCCAGCCCUCUCCACACAUGCAACCUUUUGCCCAUGACAUUUUCGUCAUUUGUGCUGAGAUCUACUAAAGAAUUUGGGAACCAUUUCGUUGUUGCUUUUAAGUGUGGAAGAGUAAAGUGAAUUUUGGCUUCUGAUUGUGCAUAGUUUGGAUAAGAGUUAGCAGGAGUUUCCAGUCCAGUGAGGUGCGAUGAGAAGGGAGGCCUCUGAAAGCUGUUUAGCAGCAUGCCAGGUUAUAGCAAGACAUUAUUUACAGUAUGUGUUUUUAACACAACUUGAAAUUCAUAAACAAUAAUACUGACAGCUCAGCUGUUCUUCUUCACAGUGUUCUAUCCAAACCAGGAGAUUUUUAUAAUUUGUACUGUCAUCAGAGCUCUUUGGGACCUUUUGGUGAAACAUUUUUCAAAGCCAUCCGUCUUCACAGAAGUGGUUGUAGAAUCACAGAACUGUUUGGGUCAGAAAGAACCUUCAAAAAUCAUCUAGUCCAACCCCCCUGCCAUGGACAGGGACAUCUUGCACUAGAUUGGGUUGCUCGAAGCCCAGUCCAACCUGGCCUUGGACACUUCCAGUUAUGGGGCAUCCACAACUUCUCUGGGCAACCUGUGUCUCAUUUAAGCUUCUGUCAGGAGGUUUGUCGGGUCAACACUGGAAGCAAAGCCCCAACAAGCAGGAGAGGAAGGACACUUCUCUUGAUCUGGGUUAGAGACCCAAAUACGUGAGUCCUAGCUUGCAGGCAGAGUGCCUGGUGACUGAGCCUCCAUCGGUUCUGGGACAGUCUUUGGUUCUGGCUUUCUGUCAGGCUCUCUGACUUUGCGUUCUUCAAUUAUGUUUCUCUAUUAAUAUUUUCCAGCGGUUAUGCUUUUGUUCUACAUCAAAACAACACAAAUCCCACAGCAUUCCUCAAAGGACGCAACUCCUGUUCGCCAGCUGGCCCAAGUUAUCAUGGAAAUUAUUAGUUUCCUUAAGCAUUUUUUGUACUCAUCCAGAAAUACAAGCUUGCCUUGUUUCAAUCUGAAACACUACGCACAGAAAGGAGAAAAUUCCAUGUAGCACCACAGACAUAAUGCUUGCAAGAAGGUGGUAUGUUAAUUAAUAAAGUCUGGGAGCCACUGGUUUAACAUAUUAAUGAAUUUGUUAAAGAGAUGGCAGGAUAUGUUUCCUUAUUGGAUUUUUGAAUGUCUGAUACGUCUACUGUAAUUAUGUUCUAUUUCGUGUCCUUCUUACAAACACUGUAAUAGCGUUUCUAAUAGUAUGAUUGUGUUAGAUAAUUAUUUCAGCAAAAAGAAGGAGAAAUAAGGGCAUAUAUGCCAAAUGAACGUGUUCAGAACUUGCAAUAGGAGGGACAGCUGUGGGAGUAGACCCUGGAAGAAAGAUCCUUUUAUAACCAAGGACCUGUGGAGAGUGGGAUCUGCUUAGGAACAAAGGAGAGUAUGAAACAGUGGGUCCAAAGAGCCAGGAGAAAGGAAUCAUGUUUUUCUCAAAGAGUUUUGAACAUGAAGACCCUGCUGAACUGGACUGGUAGCAACGCCCUGUGAAACAGUCCCUGAGCGCCUGCAUGUGCCGGGAGUCCCACUGGAAAUGCCUCCUCCUCUCCAUCCUCAUGUAUGGCUGCCUGGGUGCGGUGGCCUGGUGUCAGCUGGCCCGAGUCACCAAGCUCAGCUUCGAUAGCUCCUUCAAAGGCAAGUCAAUGAUCUACCAUGACAGUCCGUGCUCGGAUGGCUAUGUCUAUAUCCCACUGGCCUUCCUCUCUAUGCUGUACGUGGUGUACCUGGUGGAGUGCUGGCACUGCCACGUCAAGAGGGAGCUGCAGUAUAAGGCAGAUGUGGACAGUGUCUAUGAAUGCAUCAACCGCAUGCAGCAAGCCACUCCAUGCAUCUGGUGGAAGGCCAUCAGCUACCACUUUGUGCGGCGAACCCGGCAAGUGACCCGGUACCGCAAUGGCGAUGCCUACACCACCACACAAGUCUACCACGAGAGGGUCAACACCCAUGUGGCUGAAGCUGAGUUUGACUACUCUCACUGCGGAUACAAGGACAUCUCCAAGGAGCUCCUGGGCCUAGAGAGCUACACAGCCACCAAGCUGAGGUUCACCAAGUGCUUCAGCUUUGCCAAUAUUGAGUCUGAGAACUCUUACCUAACUCAGAGGGCUCACUUCUUCACAGAGAUUGAGGGGCUGGAUGACUACAUGGAGGUGAGAGAAGGCAUGCAGCUCAAAAACGUGGACUUUAAAGAGCUUAUGAUGGCCUAUGGGGAUCCGGAUCACCUCCCAUGGUAUGUGUCUCACUAUGCUUUCUGGGUGGCAGCUAUCCUGAUGAUCUCGUGGCCGCUCAGGGUACUCAUAGAGUAUCGAACUGCUUAUGUUCACUACCACGUGGAGAAGCUGCUGGGCCUGGAGUACACGGCACCCACAGCAGCAGAGGAGCCCUUGUACCGGUACCGCAUGCCCCGAGACGCCACGCAGGACAGCACUGAGCUGGAGUGGCAUAUCUGCACCAACCGGCAGCUCAUCCCCAGCUACUCAGAGGCUGUGCUCAUGGACCUGGCCGACUCCCCGGCCUACAACAGCUACGCGGUGUGCCGGUAUGGCGAGACAGCCCACGGCUGCGAACGCUGCAACCAUGCCUCCAGCACCUCCUCCAUCUUCUCACGCCACGCGUUCCACAGCUGCAGCGGCAACUCCCGCCUCUCCCUCAACACCAGCCGCUUCUCCCUCUGCCGCGUCCACGGCUCCCACAGGACAGGGCUCUGGAGGAGCCGCAGCAGCAGCAUUGCGGAGCGGGGCUGCCAGGACGAGCAGUGCUGCUCCUACUCCAGCCAGCUCGCUGUCAAUGAAAACCCCCCAACCUACCAUGACGCCCGUUUCUUCCCCGUUCUGAUUGUGCACAGGCCAGAGGGGCACGACAGGCGGCAUUUCUAUGUCAGGCGCUCCUCCUGUUUAGAAACCUCUCUGUGACAGGCCUCCAUGGUUCCUUGGCUCCACUACCCCAGGAUGGGGCUUGCAGAGGUGCCACAGAUGGGGAACCUGCAAGCCUCAGUCUCCACAGCAGGUUGGCAGGACAAGCUUCAGAUUUUCCUCCUGCCAUUGCAAGAGGACAUAGUCACUCUGACCAGCGGCUAACCUCAUGUCCAAGAACUUCUCCCCCUCCUUCGGCUGGUCUCCCUAGUAGUUUGUUCCCCUCUUCCUUGCACUCUUACAUUCCUCACCCUUUCCUGGCUCCCCGGUUCUCUGCCUCUCCUCCCAUCCCACCCUCAGUCUUUUUUUUAACAUUUCAGUCACAGCGUUUGACUGCUGCUGCUGCUGCAGGAUUUCGGAAGCCUGCGCUUUGCAGUGCAUUUGCCCUCUUGGAUGCCCUGCAAAGUCGGAAAGUCAGAGCAAGGCAAGAGGCGUGUGGCCAGCCAGAGUCAAGUCAGAAGGAUAAUUCAGAUCCGCAGGCGCUGAGUCAUCUCCUGCAAGCCCCAAACAAGGUGCUUUUUUAUUUAUUUUAUUUAUUUUGUUUUCAUCGAUCUUUUUUUUUUUUCUUCUGUCAUUUAUUCUCUCAUUUUUUUGUAUUUUCCUCCUCUCGGUUUUACUUCAUCUUCCUUUUUUUUCAGUUUUCUCACUGCUGAGGAUGUCUUUCAGGGUGUGAUUGCCUUCCACUGGGCAAAAAUAAGGUAUUCACUGCACAAAUGUCACUGACUGCUGACACAGCCACAGACUAUGCCCCUGAGAAGUGCUGAGGACUUUCUUUCCAGAGCAGUGAUAUACACCAAUACACCAAUAAAGAAAAAAAAGCGUUUGCUCCCCUUGCCCUGCUGGGUCUGCAGCAGAGGCGCUGCUGUGUUUCCAGGUGCAGUUAACCUUGCCCAGCUCCACCCUUUAGCAAUCAUUGAGAGCCGUAAUGUAGAUCAGUGCCCUGUUAGUGCCACUAUUUUUAGGACUGUGGGUCUGGUUUGUGUUUUUUUCAUUCCUACCACUUGCUCAGAACAGCACAGGCUGGAUGAGGAGAGAGUGGCUGGAGAGGGAAAGGUAAAUACAGUAUUAACACUCCCACCGAGAGUCUGGAGUUGUCAGGAAGCUCUUCCACCCACAGCAUCUAUUAGAGCAGUUGCAGAACGCAGAUUUCCCUGUGCCCAGGGGAGGGGUUUUGGCCUAGAGCCCAGUGCCUAGAUGCGGAGCCACCCCAGCCCGGGGCAAGGAGCACAGCUGGGAGCCAGCCCCAGCAGCCGCUCCUGUUGGUGCUCUGGGCUCUUCCCACAAGGCUUCCCCCAGAGCAGGUGCAGCGCCUUCCAGAGACUAUCGGAUUAGUCCCAGCAGUGCCAAACCCAGAAGGUGUCCAGUCCUGACGGAGCGGACAACUGUGCUCCGGGCUGUGGGCUGCCCUCCUGGCCCGGCCAGAGACCUCCCCAAGAGCCAGGCUCCAACCCAAAAAGCUCAUGGCCACACUGAGGACCCACCAGGGACCUUGCACCUGCUAAACCUCCAUCCCACAAGGGAUGGUCAUAUGCUGAGCAACUCCGUACCAUUUGGUCGUGUGGAUGACGGAGAUUAUUAUCCACCGUGACUCACAGGAGAAUGCAAUACAAUCGCAAUACAGUCACUUUGAAAAACAGUGUUGUCACUCCCUACAGUAAGUAGGUAAGAAAGCGAGCCCUGAGAGGGGCUGGCAACAAAUGCUUCCUCCCAAGUCUGUUCUGUGUGUAUCUACAUGUAAUAUGAGACUUGUAAAGUCAUAUUCAUAUGUGUAGAUGAUAUAUAACUCUGCAUACUUAUAUGGUGAUUUCUUAUGGCAUUGACUGUUGCACCAUGUUAAAUACAUUAUGUUUUGGUUUGAUGACUCA